UUCAUUUUAUUUAAAAAAAUGAGCCUUUUUUACGAAGAUGGCACCGAAAACUAAGAAGGAAGCCUCUGCGCCUCCCAAAACUGAAGCCAAAGCAAAGGCAGCGCUGAAAGGCGUCCAUAGCCACAAAAAAAAGAAGAUCUGCAUUUCACCGGCCUUCCAGCGGCCCAAGACACUGAGGCUGCGAAGGCAGCCCAAAUAUCCUCGGAAGAGUGCCCCCAGGAGAAACAAGCUGGACCACUAUGCCACCAUCAAGUUCCCUCUGACCACUGAGUCAGCCAUGAAGAAGAUAGAAGAUAACAACACACUUGUGUUCAUUGUGGACAUCAAGGCCAACAAGCACCAGAUCAAACAGGCUGUGAAGAAGCUCUAUGACAUUGAUGUGGCCAAGGUCAACGCCUUGAUUAGACCCGAUGGAGAGAAGAAGGCAUAUGUUCGACUGGCUCCUGACUAUGAUGCUUUGGAUGUUGCCAACAAAAUUGGGAUCAUAUCAACUGAGUCCAGCUGGCUAAUUCUAAAUAUAAGUUUUUUCACCACACACACACACAAAAAAUGAAACAUUAUUAUGUUC